GCCUCGCCGGCCUUUGUGCUGCCGCCGCCGCAGGAGGCCGUCAAGCGAACGCUGCAGUCGGACGGGCAUGCCCCCGACCUCGCCGCCGACGACGACGAGGGGCCUUUCUGCUGCUUUGCGGCGACGGACGUGGCGAACGUGUGCGCCACCUGCGUCGCAAGGCCCAAGCGCGGCGGCUUCUGCGCCUCGUCCAGCGCCAGCUGCGGCCAGUGCGUCGCCUCGAGCCUCGCGGCCUGGUGCCUGGGGCCCUCCUCGCCCGCCUUCGUGCUCGGGGACCCCGCCUGGGCGCCGCGCAACGGCACGCCGCGCGCCCCCGGCCUCGCCGACGCGGCGGCGCUGGCGCAGAAGGCGGCCGCAGGCCGCUCGGCGCCCGCGGCGGGGCCCUCCGCGGCGGCCGCCCGCGCGGCGCGGCCCUGGAGGCGCUCACCGGCGGGGCGGUGGGCGCGGAGCUCGCCGCGUGCUGAGCCGCCCGGCGGCGCGCUCCUCGCGCGCGGGGUCGCGGGGCCUCCCGCAGCACGGCGAGGCCUGCAGAGUGUCCACCGCGUAACUCGGGGGCCCAAACGGGAGUUAGCCUGUACCGCAGCACUCCCGUAUAGUUUCGGGCGUCCAAUUUCGCCCUUCCGUCGCGUGGUGCAAGAGUGGGCGCCCGAAGAAGAAAACCAGUGCAACCAGCACGAAUUGUCGGAGGUCCGCGCGGAUUUCUUGGAUCGGCGCUGA